CACCACAGGCAGGGACUACACUUUGCACCAAGACCUGAAGACACAGCUUGUGCACAUCAAUCUUUGCCUCAGUUUAUCCGUGCGGCGACAUUCACCGUCCUUUCACGCAUCCGGAUAACUUCUGCUCGUGUGGCAACGACCAUUUGAACACCAUACGUCUGUCGAGCCCAAGGCCUUGCCCAGGCGUUGUCGCCUACGAACCGAGACGGCAGUCGCCCUUCCAGCGAUCGAACUUCAGUUGCGCCAAUCAUACCAAGCAUGUCGGACAGAGACUCACCUGCGCCCGAGCCGGCGACCGAGACCCUUCACGACGGGGUUGACGAGGUCCCCGAGGAGAGCACCAAGGACCUGGGCGACUACGACACCGCGCGCGCUGGUGACUCAGAUAGAGAUUCCGAUGUCCUCUCCGAUGUCGACGAGGUCGACGAGGACCAGUUUGACGAGUACGAUGCUUCAGCAGCCAACAUCGAUGAGCGCCCGGUAGAGAUCGACGAGGAUGUGGCGCGGACGCUCAAGGCGUCCAAGCGGAAAGGCACGGCCACCAAGAAGCCCAAGGAAGGAAAGCGGGAGAAGAAGAGGCGGGAUCGCACAGAUGACGCCCUCGAUGCAGGCGACGCCGAGCUCUACAGUGGCAAGCGUGUACGGAAAGCCACAGCUGUCGCGGAGCCAGAGCAACCCGAGCCGGAGAAUGAGGAGGACCUGACGCCCGAGGAGCGCCGCAGGCGAGCCAUCGAGCGCGCCGCCCGCAAGGAGGUCAAGAAGCCCUCGCAAAGGCGGAAGCGCAAGGACGAGGAAGAUCUCGAGGACGAGCUGGACGACAUCAUCGCUUCGCUCAAGAUCCGCAUGGAGAGAGCCUGCGAGGCCGACAACGUUGCCCGUGGCGAGGGUCAGCCUGCUAUUCACAAGCUGAAGCUUCUCCCCGAAGUCAUGGCUCUGCUGAACCGCAACAACAACCAAGCCGCCGUUGUCGAUCCCGACACGAACUUCCUGCAGCACGUCAAGUUCUUCUUAGAGCCGCUCAACGACGGCUCCCUGCCUGCGUACAACAUCCAGCGUGACAUCUUUACUGCCCUGAUGCGCCUCCCCAUCGACAAGGAGUGCCUGCUGUCGAGCGGUAUCGGCAAGGUGGUCCUGUUUUACACGAAGAGCAAGCGCCCUGAGCUUGGCAUCAAGCGCAUGGCAGAGAAGCUGAUCGGAGAAUGGAGCCGUCCGAUCCUGAAGCGCACUCACGACUACCGAAAGCGCCACGUCGAGUCGCGUGAUUACGAUUACCAAGCCGCCAAGCUCAAGCAGGCCACGCAGAGCAGCCAGUUCACCCUGACGCAGAGACCAGCAGCCCAGAACGCCCGUGACGCGGAGCGCGAGCGCAUCCUGGCACCAACCAACACCAGCAACCGCGCCCGCGUCGUCGGUCUCCCUUCGUCCUACACCAUCGCUCCUCGCAGCACGUUCGAUGCCAGCAGGGGCCCGGAUCACCGACCCAUCGGCGCCAGCGGCAUGGAGGCGUUUAGGAAGAUGACGACCUCGCGCAAGAAGAAGGCGUAGAAUGGACGUGUCCGACCGCUUUGAGCGACUGCAGAGCUUCCGGGAGGUUACUGAUCGCCCGUCGUUAAUAACAACUCUGCUUUGUUUCUGAUCCUGAGCAAGGAAAAUUCGCUGCUCCCCUGCAGCACACCGGCAGGAAACGGGGGUAUCGCUCCUGCACGAAGCGUGUACGUGUGCGUGACACCACCAUCACCGCGUAACAUUUUUCGUUUUCUCGCGAUCACAUCACAACCAGCAGAACCAUUUGGCGUUGGAUCGGCGUUUUUCUUUUGCUCUUAGAUCAUACCGGGCGCGCGCGCGGUCUCGAGAAUGAAAUCUGUUCUUGACGGAUAC